UAGCAUAAAUACCAUGUCUCCGUUCUCCAUAUUCACCAGUUCAUUUCUGUACACAGUCAUUCAAUACUUUGACAAAACAACAACAACAAAAAAACCCACUAAAAUGGCCGCUAAGUUCGUCAUCCUCGCCGCUUGCGUGGCUACCGCUCUCGCCCAAUACUCUGCCCCGGCCUACAAGCCAGCGUACUCAGCCCCCGCUUACCCGGCACCAAAGGCUUACGCCCCGGAACCCGCAUACGCCCCGGCCCCGUACAGCUUCGAAUACAGCGUAAACGACCCACACACCUACGACGUCAAGAGCCAAUCCGAAUACGCCGACGGCAACGGUUACGUCAAGGGAUCGUACAGCCUUUUGGAAGCCGACGGUUCCACCCGUACCGUCGAAUACACCGCCGACGACUACAACGGUUUCAACGCCGUCGUCAAGAACUCCGCCCCGGCCUACAAGCCAGCUUACUCCGCACCGGCCUACGCCGCCCCAGCCUACGCCGCCCCGGCUUACCCAGCACCGGCCUACUCCGCACCGGCCUACAAGCCAGCGUACAAACCAGCAUACUGUUAUGACUCAAAAAUGAAAAAAAUGUUAGUAUGCCUUGUAUGGAACUGGUUUGUAAGCCGGUGCUGGGUAGACGGGUUUGUAGGCAGGGGCGUUGUACGGGGUCUUGUAUCCUCCUUCGAUCUUCUUGACGAUGGCGUUGAAACCGCUUUGGUCAUCGGCGGUGUAUUCAACGACGCGGGUGGAACCAUCAGCUUCCAAGAGGCUGUAGGAUCCCUUGAUGUUGCCGUUGCCGUCGGCGUAUUCAGAUUGGCUCUUCACGUCGUAUUUCGCGUCAUGUAUACUCUGGGUAAUGAAAUACUACAAUACAUGGAAUGGGUAAAAAGUAACACUGACAUCUUUCGAUUUAAAUACUGCGACAACAGGCACGGAAUUUAUCAGUCACCGUGUAAUAUUUGUCGCCGACAGAAUAAACAGAAUAAUAUUCAACUACCUAUCGUACAACGAUACAAACACAAAAUGAUCGCCAAGGUACUCGUCAUUGUCGCUUGUGCGUCUCUUGCCGUCGCUGAAUACGCGUCGCCUAGAGCGUACACUCCGGAGCCCAAAUACGCACCAAUCCCGUACAGUUUUGAGUACAGCGUAAACGACCCAUACACUUAUGACGUGAAGAGUCAACGCGAGUCGAGCGACGGAAAUGGAAACGUCAAAGGAUCGUACAGCCUUUUGGAAGCCGACGGUUCCACACGCACCGUUGAAUACACCGCCGACGACUACAACGGUUUCAACGCUGUCGUCAAGAACUCCGCCUCUGCUGCCUCCUACAAGCCAACUUACUCUGCACCAGCCUACUCAGGAUACAGACCAGCAUAUAAAUCUGCAUUCUAAUUGUUUUUCUCUAGUCAUUUAAACCAUUUGUCUUCCUCGCCUCGUGUCUUCUUCGUGCGUACCUCUAUUUGAUCACGUUCGUAUUGAACCACGGUCCCAAAGUCAUGCUAUACCAUAGUAACGUUAUAUGUAUAUAUUAUGUAUAAAUGAAAAAUGACGCGAUUUGUAUAUUUAUCGUUACCGUCGCCAAGAAUUUCGAAAGCGGCUACGAAAAACUCAAUUUAUAUUUACCUAAUUAUAAUAAUAUAUUACUAUGUGUUGUAUUGUUUCCGUUUUGUAUAAUAUUGUUUUCUGUUCAUCGAACGCAAAUGUUCUCAUGUGCUUAUCAUUUAUCACUCAUAUUUUAUCAUGUUGUUUUAUGUACAUUUUAUGUAAUAUUAUAAGCCUAAUUGUUGACUAUUAUAAGCUAACCCAAUUUUAAUUGUGCUUACCUACGUGUUUUGAAUUAUAAGUAAUAAAACCUACUCAUGAAAUAAUUA